UCAGCGGGCGCGUGCUUGUCAGCAGCACCUGGUGACCGUUGAUUACUUGAUGAAACUAUCGUGACUUUUUUUGUAAAUGUAGCUAGCUACCUACCGGACAACAUUGGACUCCUCCGUUUUUACUCGUGUUAUGCGAACAGGUAAAGAAAAGCCGGUGAGAGAAGAAGUUCUUCUGACGUGAUAUCUGGAGACCGGGGGACGUUAUGAAAACUGUUAAGGACGAUGGAGAGGGCACGGUGGUGUUAGAAAAUCGAUUUACUAGAGAGGCACCUCCCUCUGGGAUGUCCAAGAAUGGAUACUUCUUUCAAGAAAUGGAGCAGCGGGAGGUGGAGCAGGAGGAGGGCAGCGAGGGCCGAGAGGAGGGACAGGACUCGCCGAUCGCCUGCGGGGAUGACAUCCACCUCUAUGACAACCAGAUUAGCCCUGGGCCAGACGCUGACGACUCCGGUUGUGUGUUACUGAACACAUCAAGAAAGUAUGUGAAGCUGAUGAACUUUGAGGAGGAGAUCCGGGCCCACCGGGACCUGGAUGGCUUCCUGGCGCGGGCCACUAUCCUGCUGGAUGAGACCGCUGCCUCCCUGGAUGACGUCCUGAAGAGAAUGCUGCACCACGUGGGCCAGGACAGCAAUGCAUCUGAGCCCAGCUGCAACUUCGAGGAGGUGAUGAGCAUGCUUUUCACAGAUGCGGGAGCGCAGGAGGUCAACGACAAAUCUCAAAGUUUCGUUUUCUUUGAUGACGUGCACCUACUGUCAGAGACCAUCCAGGGAGUGACAGCCACCGCUACCGGGAUCCAGUACCAGCAGUCCUGGCUCUGCAUCCUCUGCAACGUCAAGCAUCUCCAGAGGCGUCAUGUGUGCAUCUCCCGUCUGGAGAGGCCGCAAAACUGGGGAGAGAACUGCUGCGAGGUCCGCUAUGUCAUCCUGAUCCUGGCUCCGCUCAAAAUGAAAAGCACCAAGACAGCGAUGGAGCUGGGCAGGACGUUCGCCACCCUCUUCUCUGACAUCUCCUUCAGGCAGAAGCUGCUGGAGACCAAGACGCAGGAGGAGUUUAAGGAGGCGUUGGUGUUACAGAGGCACCAGCUGACGGCAACCAACCAGCUGCCCAUCGCUCUGGGGAAGGAGGAGACCGACCCCCGCAGUCACAAGCCCCUCAAGUGUCAAGAUUUCUUCAAAGCCGGCCGGGGGAUUUAUGAGGACUUCUGCCGCCGACUGCCUUUCUACCCCUCUGACUUCACAGAUGGUAUAGUUGGCAGUAAUAAAACCCUGCUGAAGUACAUGACCACAGCCAUCUUCCUCUACAUCGCCAUCCUCCUCCCCGCCAUCGCUUUCGGCUCCCUCAAUGACGAGAGCACACGUGGUGAGAUAGAUGUUCGGAAGACCAUCAUCGGCCAAAGCAUUGGCGGGGUCAUCUACUCGCUGUUCGCCGGCUCUCCUCUAGUCAUCCCCCUAACCACAGCUCCCCUCGCCAUCUUCAUCAGCGUGAUCCGAGGAAUCUGUGACGACUACAACCUGGACUUCCCAGCUUUCUAUGCCUGCAUCGGUCUGUGGAACUGCCUCUUCCUCAUCCUGGGAGGGAUCUUCAAUGUCAGCCUGCUCAUGAAGCUCUUCAAAAGGUCUACAGAGGAGGUCAUUGCACUGUUUAUUUCUAUCGCAUUUGUUGUGGAUGCAGUGAAAGGCACAGUCAAAAUCUUUCACAGGUACUACCACGCCCCGACGCUGGCUAACGGAAGCAUAGAGACCUUCCCUCAGGGUGCAGACCUGCUCGGGGGGAACCGGAGCGAGGUGGCGGCUGGGUUAGCACUCAACGCCCUCCCUGAAUCCGUCAUCCAGUGCAGUCGAGAGAGGCCCGUCCUCUGCCUCCUGCUGAUGCUCGGGACAUUAUGGAUGGGCUAUACUCUCUACCAGUUCAAACGGAGCCCGUUCCUGCAUGCCAAAGUGAGGGAGGUGCUGUCGGACUGCGCCCUGCCCAUCUCAGUGCUCCUCUUCUCCUUCAUCGGCUCCUACCUUUUCAGUGACAUUGAACUUCCCGUCUUUAAAGUUCACGACCGGCCCGUCUUCAACGUGGCUCCUUUCGAGCGUCUGUCAGCCAUGAACGUGGUCAGCGCCAUGGGCCUGGGCUUCCUCCUGGCCCUCCUCAUCUUCAUCGACCAGAACAUUGUUGUCUCGCUGACCAAUGCACCAGAGAACAGGCUGCUGAAGGGCACGGCGUAUCACUGGGACCUGAUGCUCUCUGGGCUCAUUAACAUACUGAUGUCGGUGCUGGGGUUGCCCUGGAUGCACGCCGCCUUCCCACACUCCACCCUCCAUGUGCGCCAGCUGGCUUUCGUGGAGCAGCGCGUGGAGGGGGGCCACCUCUAUGAGACUAUCGUCCAGGUGAAAGAGACCCGGCUGACGUCUCUGACUGCCAACAUCUUCAUUGGAGUGUCGGUGCUGCUGCUGCCUCUCCCGCUGCAAUGGAUCCCCAAACCGGUCCUGUACGGCCUCUUCCUCUACAUCGCCCUCACCUCCAUCGAUGGAAACCAGAUGUGCGACCGCAUGGCUCUACUCCUCAAGGAGCAGACGUCUUACCCGCCCACCCACUACAUCCGCAAAGUGCCCCAGAGGAAGAUCCACUACUUCACCUUCCUGCAGAUGAUGCAGCUGCUGGUACUCUGCACGUUUGGCAUGUACCCCAUACCGUACAUGAAGAUGAUCUUCCCUCUGUUCAUGGUCAUGCUAAUUCCAAUCAGGAACAACGUGCUUCCUCAUAUCAUUGAGGCCAAAUACUUGGACAUAAUGGAUGCCCAACACAUGUAGCCACAGAUGGAGACAAGUUCUGGAUCCACCAAAAAAGAAGGGGUCUGGAAUUAAGAAAAUUAAAAGAAAUGAGGAUUAAAAAACAAGAUAUUUUUCAAUGCAACACUGUACGGAAG